CUUGAAUUCUCUAUGGGGUUGGAAUAUAAAGACCGACAGGUGUUUGCAAUGACAACAAUCACCCGAAAGGCACAGCACAAUAGAUGUUCCUUGUUGAAUAUACCCGUUCAUCUAAGCCUUCCUCUUUUGAUGUCGAAGAAACCAAGUUUAUUAGUCGCAAAACUGCAAAUAAUCUUCUGUAAAGUUUUAAAACUCUUCUUUGGUAAAAGCCAGUUUUAUCUUGGCAUAAAAAACUUCGACUCAUUAGAAUUAACUUCGCCGAGAAGAUCUUUCAUCCAAAAUGGAAACAUCUUCAAACAACUCGACUUUGUCAGGGAGUUUUCUUUUCAGACGAAUACCGUAUUCAGUGACCGUUGCCGUGGUUUUUCCAAACAUUGCUGGUAACAUUAUUUGUUGCGUGGUCAUUGCCAAGACAAAAUCUCUUCACAAUUUCUGUAAUUUUCUUCUUAUGAACUUGGCUGUUUCUGACAUGAUGGCGGGAUUGACAGAACUCUAUGUCACCACUUAUGAUAGUAUAAGUACGACAUUAGAAGUCGAAGAAUCGGCUACACUGUUGAGUGUCAGAUUGUUUGUUCAUCCCAUGAUCCAAGUCUCGAUUCUCACUGUCACAGUGAUUGCGAUAGAACGCUUCUUAGCUAUAACCCAGCCCUUCAAAGUCAUGAGGAAAGGAAGAACCAAGUACCUCAAGUUCAUCAUACCACUCGUUUGGAUUCUGGGGUUUGUUUUAACCAUCCCAGUCUUUAUCACUUUCURUGGGAAGUCUGGAAAGGAGGUUAUGGAGGUACAAGGUACUAAAGAGCUGAUGAUCGAUGGAAUAUUCUCAAUGGUUUCGGCCUACUUGGUACCUCUUUCUUUAAUGAUUUUUACAUUUUUUAGAAUACUGUUCGUUCUAAAACGAAGAAAUAAGCCCUUCAGAUCCCAGCAAAGCCUGGCGAACGUUCAGUCGCAAGCGAACCAACGUGUCUUGAGGCUCCUAGGAGCAGUCAUUCUCUCUCACAACGUUUGCUUUCUGCCAUACGCUAUCGUGCAGUUCCUUAUGACUCAGCCCUUUGGCUUUAACAUAAUGGAACAAUCAAAUACUGAUGCUUAUCAGAUUACUUACUUUAUGCAGUUCCUGAGUCCUUGUUUGAAUCUCUUGAUAUACUUUGCCCAUAGUAGAGUGUUCAGAGAUGCGUGUAAAAACAUCUUAUGUCGAUCAAUAAAAAUCAAGCCUUGAGAUGCGAAUGUGCUGCAGAGCCUUUGUGCCUCGACUUCAAAGACAAUAGUUUAUUACGAGACAGACAUAGUGUAGUCAUAUAGCACAACAAACUUUUCUAUCUUGUAUAUAGCCUAUUGCAACCCGAAAAUCGCGGGAUGAGAUAACGUGAUCUGCGUGACCUUUCUUUAUCAUAGCAAAAAAUGUUAGUCAAACUUAUAGAACUCUUGUAUAUAACUUCUCGCCAUCUGGAAAGUGCAGGAAAGUAUCACGUGAUCUGUAAAAUAGCGGGAAGUAAUCACGUGAUCUGUAAACUGGCGGGAAGUAAUCACGUGAUCUGUAAAAUGGAGGGAAGUAAUCACGUGAUCUGGGAUCUUUCUUAACAAAAACACCCCUAUAUACAUGAAUAAAAAAACUGCAGUCAAAUUUGCAUUUU